CCCCCACCCCCACCCCCACCCCCAUCAACCUUUACAAAAGAAAGAAAAUAAUUAAAGCUCUAGUAAUCAACAAAUAUGGUUUUCUCUUCAUCUAUUCCAGUCUCUCUAGAUCCUUCCGAUUGGCAACAACAGCAACUUAAUCAAGAAAAUGGAUGUGAAAACUCUCGACUUCCACCACCUCCUCCUCCGGGUGGUGGUGGCGGCGGAGGUUCAAUCAGGCCAGGUGCUUCGUUGGCUGACCGAGCUCUGUUAGCAAAGAUACCACAGCCGGAGGCAGCUCUUAAAUGUCCGAGAUGUGAUUCCACAAACACCAAGUUUUGUUACUUCAACAAUUACAGCCUUUCACAGCCUAGACACUUUUGUAAGACGUGUAAAAGAUACUGGACAAGAGGAGGUGCACUAAGGAGCGUUCCGGUUGGCGGCGGUUGUAGAAGGAAUAAGAGAAGCAAAGGAAGUGACAGAUCAAAGUCUCCGGUGACAGCCGGGUCUAGCUCCACCAGUGCACUUGCUUCUAAUAGUUGUUCUUCUACUAUGUUAUCUCACAUGCUCCCUCCACCAACACACUUACCACCUUUGCCCCCUUUGAAUCAUCUUAGUGACUACAAUUCUAGGGACGUUAUUGGCCUGAAUUUCGGUCGAAUUCAGGCGCCGGUGGCGGUGAUGGGCGGUGGUGACAUGGAAUUUCAGAUUGGAAGUAGUAAUUCAAGUGGUGUUAGUGCAUCUAUCAUACCAAGUGGAAUUGUUGAGCAAUGGAGAUUACAAGAAGUUAAUCAUCAUCAUCAAUUCCCUAAUUUCUUGGGUAAUUUGGAACCAACAACAAUAACAACAAAUGGGUUGUACCCAUUUGAUCAAGGUACGAGUAAUCAUGAACGUUAUGUUGGUCAACUUAGGUCAAAGCCAUUGGAGAGUGUGGUUGCUCAAUUGGGUUCAGUGAAAAUGCAAGAAAAUCAUCAAGGGUUGAAUCUGUCAAGGAACAUUUUGGGAGUUAGUAAUCCAGGACAUCAUCAUGAUCAUCAUCAAUAUUGGGGUACUGGUACUACUAGCAAUUCAUGGAGUGAUCAUCUGCAUUCUGCUUUUAAAUCCUCCUCCAUGAAUCAUCUCUUAUGACUUUCACUUUCCUUACCUAAACAAAUAACGUUUAGAAGAUGAUGAUCUCCAGAAGCAAGAUAGAAAUGGUAGGCUUUCUAGUCUUGAAAUUGUUGUUAGUUGUUAUCUUUUUAUUUUAAAUAUCUGACAUUGAGGGUGGGGUAAUAAAUUUGUUAUAAAUAAUUAAAUAUCGUGAAAAUGCAUUGUAUUAACUAGUGAGUGAGUGAUUGUGAAAAUUAAUUCAUGCUUUUUUGGUUUUUUAAAUCCGCAUUAGGGA